AUGUCAGAGAGUCAGUUUGGAGCCAACUCCCAUGUUCUCAAGCUAGUCAGAAGGCACAGGCAUGACUGGGUAGUUCUUAUACUCCUAGGACUGAUUGAUGGAAUGUUGAAUCUAAUAGAACCUUUCCAUCGCUACCUCUCGGAGGAAAUGCUAACUCCAGACAUCAAAUACCCUUUCCAUCAUGACACUAUACCUAUGUGGGCUGUGCCAAUAUAUGCUUAUUUGUUCCCCUGCUUUCUAUUUCUCCUAUAUUACUAUGUACGAAGAGAUCCGCAUGAUCUGCAUUAUGCUGUUCUGGGUGUGUUGUACUCUGGUGUUAUAACUGGAGUUAUCACAGAUACAAUAAAAGAUGCUGUUGGUCGUCCACGCCCAAAUUUUUUCUUCAGGUGUUUUCCAAAUGGAGUAACGGCUUUUAAAGAAAAUGGAGAUGUUUUGUGUAGUGGAGAUUCUAAAGUUAUAAAAGAGGGAUAUAAAAGCUUCCCGAGCGGACACUCCUCAUGGUCCUUUGCAGGUCUUGGAUUCCUUGCUUUGUAUUUGAGUGGUAAAAUUAGAGCAUUUGAUCGUAGGGGUCAUGCUGCUAAACUCUGCAUCGUUUUAUUUCCAUAUCUUGUUGCUGCACUAGUUGGGGUCUCUCGUGUUGAUGAUUACUGGCACCAUUGGACAGAUGUUUUUGGUGGUGCACUUUUAGGUAUAGUAGUUUCUACAAUCUGCUAUUUGCUUCUCUUCCCAUUCCCACAUGCGAUAAAUUGUUGGGCUCCUCAUGCCUAUUUUAUUAUGCUGGAAGAAAGUGCAGCCUCUUCAAGAGAUGAAGAAGUGUAA